AUGGGUCUUGUCCUGAAUAUCCUCAACGAUCUUGUUUAUGCUGGUUUUGAUAAGCUGCAAGAAAUGGUCAUUGAUGUUGGUUCUGAAGAGGUGCUAACUUUGCUGGGUUGUUUAUUCACUUCAGAAGCUCCUUUGACUGACACAUUCCUGAGGAAACAUUGUACAACAAGGAAACGUAAAGCGCUGACACCAUUGGUGCAAGAAAAUGCUGUUGCAGGAGAUGCAGACAAAUUUGUAGCUAUUAAAGUUUAUAUUAGAAAGACCGACAAGAGGAUUCUUUACGCGGAGUGCAGAGAAGAUUUCAUUGAUCUUCUAUUCACUUUUCUUGCUAUACCGCUUGAGUUUGCCUGGGACCUUUCUGUUGACAUUGUGAAUAUGGGCUGCGUUGGAAAUCUGAGCAGAAGUGUGAAAAAUUUGAGCUUUGAGAAGCAGAAAGAAGCCACAGUUUCCCAAUGUGUGCUUCCUUAUUAUUAUAAGUUCAGGGCUCAACUGCUUGAUAUUGUCAUUCAGGAAGAAGAUUCAGAAUAUGAAUGUUUGGUCCCCCGCAAUGGAUAUCCGAGUUCAAAUUGCAAGUUCUCCAAGAAGAUUAAGAAAGAUGUGCUUUCUAAUGGUGAACGGAUUGUGAAGUUCACCCAAAUGCAUUCAAACACAAGUAGUUACGCUGGGGUUGGAUUUGUUAAGGGAGAAACAAAUUUCAUAGUGUCAGAUGAUCUGUUUAUCACACCGAUGAGCACAUCAUCAACAAUCUCAUUACUAAGCAAGUUGCAGAUGAACAUCAGUGAUAUCGAUGAGCAAGUGAUUAACAUUAGCAAGGCAGAGGCCGUUGGCUUGCUGAGAGCUUCCUUGAUCACAACUUCUGCACUAACCAAUGGUCUUUCCAACUUCCUCUCAAAGAUGUAG